AUGACCACUAUUAAUGAUGAUAGUCUUGAGAGUUCUCCUCUAAAGAAUUUAUCUUCACAUUUUCUGCAAUUGCAAAUCUCCCCGAACACUGAUGAAAAAACCCACAUUACUAACAAAAAUAAAAAAAGGAAAUCAUAUGUAAAAAACAAUAAUUUUGAAGAUAAUCCUACUUUUAUAAUGGAUAGUAGCGUAGAUAAAGAUAAUAAGGAGAACGGGUCGCCGUCUUAUGUCAAGAAAUUACAAGAGAUUUCAAUAAACUAUGGCACUGUGAUUAAUUCACCUAGUAAAAAACAGAAAAAGAAGAAAGAUAAUGUUAGUAAUAAUAACACGUUUACUCGUAGACAUUAUCAUGAUAGUAACGGAUCUGAACAUGUAAACAGAGAUGGGGGUGAUGAUGAUAUUACAAGCAGUUUAGAUGAUAAUGAUAUUCCACAAUGGAAAAACUAUUAUGAUGACUGUAGGCAAAAUCAUGGACUGCCGCAAAAAUUGCCUAUUUUAAAUGAAGAUGAAACUGGGAAUGUUAUAAGCGAGGAAAUAGAAGACUACGAUUUUGCUGAAGAUGAUGAUGAUUUUACUACUAAUAAUAGCGUAAAUUUGCAUAAUUGUAAAAACAGAGGUGAAGAUACAGGAGAAAUAAUUAAGGCCCCCACAGAAACAGAUUCUUUCAGAGCACCUGCUACCUUUAAGUGUAGACCAAAAAAAAUUAAUGCUUUUAGUCCCAAAUCUACAAAUAAAACACAAAACCUUUUAGUCAAAGAAAAAAAUAGCCAGCAAUUUCACAAUGAUAAUUUUGAUAGCAAUGCAUUAUUUCCAUCCGAAGAUCCAGUAACCGAUGCUUUAAAAGUUUUUAAUAACGUAAUUAGGAAUUCAUCUUUUGAUAAAUUUAGAACUAAUAUUGCGUUUAGUACUAAUAAUGAUAUUCAAACUAAUAAUGAUACUGGUAAUCAAAACAAACCACCACUGAAAACGGCCAAAACUGCUACUGCUAUCACAAUUAGCGCUCCUAGUGUUGUAUCAAGUGCUACGACUGCUAUACCAGAAAAAGAAGCCGUUGUUAGACCUGAAAAUGUUGGUAUGACAUAUGACCCUACAAAUUUAGUUUGGCAGAACCCACCAGCUGCUGUUAAUGGUAGUGAUACAAGUGAUAAUGAUUACAAAAUCUCAAGACUCACAAAUAAUGUUGCUAGUAGUACUAAUAGUGGUGUUACUCCUGAUGCAAAUAUAAAAGAUAAAAAUGUUGAUGAACGAGUAAGGUUUUCUCUUGAAUCGAGAAAAGAUUUAUUUACUGAAUCUGAUAAUAAAAAUACUAAUAUUAAUGUUACUACUAUUAAUACUACUACUACUACUACUACUACUGGUAAUAAUAAUAAUAAUAAUAGUAAUAAUAAUGAAAAUACAACUUCGGUACCUUCUGCUUUAUAUUUUGAAGACAAUGCAAAUAAUUUAGAACUUACAAAGAGUGUAAAUUCUGUCAAGAUUGACCAAAAGGAUUAUCAGCAUAACAAUCGCAAUAGUAGUACCACUACUAUGGAUUUUGAUACUUCCUUAGAUGAUCCAGAACUUAUUGAUAAUAAAAAACCACCAUAUAAAUACAUUAUAGAAAAAACUGAAGAUUUAAUACAGAACAUCACAGAUAUAAAAGAUGAUGAUGGAAAACUUAAUGUUAGUGAUAAUAAUGCAUAUCCAUUUUUACAAGCACUUCUUUUAAAUGCGUUGCUAGAUAUUGAAAAAGAUUCUGAUAAGUGGAAUACACUUACUGAAUUAAAUUUAUCAAAAAAACAAUUAGAUACCAUUAUAUCUUUACAAGAAAUUGUACCUAAUGUUAUAAAAUUGAACUUGUCCAAAAAUAAUUUGAGAAAUAUCAAUGGGAUACCCACCAAGUACUUAAUUGAUUUGGAUUUAUCAUAUAAUUCGUUUGAUUCAAUUUUCAGUAUAUCACCACUAUGUAAAUUGAUCCAUUUAGAAGCUCUAAACAUAUCGCAUAAUAAAUUAAUUGACUUAAACUGGUUAAUAUCUUCGAAGAAUGAUAAUGUGGAAACCAGCUUUAAAAGUUUACAUUUUAAGAGAUUAGAUUGCUCAUUCAACGAAAUAUAUAAGCUACCAUCUUUAUUAUCGCUGGGUUGUUGUACUUCGAAUGCACUAUAUUUCCAAAAUUUGCAAGAGGUGAAUUUAUCACAUAAUAAACUAUCUGGUGUAUUGGAUUUUGCUAAUUUUGAAUUGUUUAACCUAAAAAAAUUAAACCUAAGUUUUAAUUUUAACAUAAAAAGUUUAAAAAACUUACAAAAGUUAAGAAAUUUGAAAGUUUUAAAUUUAGAAAAAUGUAUUAAUUUGGAUAUAAAAGAUUUUUUAGCUGGCCACAAUGACAAUAACAACACUCAUAAAAGACUAAUUUCAUUGAAUAUGAAGGGUAUACCUUUAAUAUUAGAUUGUGAAAAUAAUAACCAGGACUUGGAUUUUAGCAAAAUAUUUAUAAAUUUGGUUAAAUUGAAAAUCACUGCAACUGCAAUCAAUAGUGAAGGUAGCAAUAAUUUUAUUAAGUUUUCAAGCUACUUGCAAGUACUAGAGGUAUAUGGCAAAUGGGAUAAUAAGUGGUGGAAUUCGAUACCUAGCAAUAAUGAACUAAAAGUUUUGAAAAUUUCAGAUUGUAAAGAUUUAAUAGAUAUUAAAAUAGCCACUAAUAAAAAUAUUAGAUUACCCCUUCUACAUACUUUGGUUUUAAAGAAUAAUGGAUUAACCAAAACGCAAACAUUAAGCUCUAUAAUGUUAAAUUUACAAAAAAUAAUUGGUGCUAACGGUGAUGCUAGUGGUAACAAGCAAAUGAUAUCAAUUGAUUUAAGCGGCAAUCCUAUAAAUAUCUACUUAAAAAAUAAAGGUUUGUAUAAAGAGUAUGUCACAGCCCUUUUAGCAUGGUAUCCGAAUUUAUGUUAUAUAGAUGGACAUUGCAUACAUAAAUAA